AAGACCACAAAAUAAGCAAGACCUAUUGUCUCUAAGACUUAUAAAAGCAUACACUGAGGGUGUGGAUUUGACCAGAGGCCAUGGACACCAGCUACCUUUUACUGCUGUUCUUUGUCCUAAAUGGUGCUGAUGGUUCUCGUAUUGUCGGCGGCAGGGAUUCUGUCCCCCAAUCGCGCCCCUACAUGGCCUCGCUUCAGGUCCGAGGAAGCCACAACUGUGGGGGAGCCCUGGUGAGACAGGACUUUGUGCUCACAGCAGCACAUUGUAAGAUACCCAUACCAUACACAGUAGUACUUGGAGCUGAUUCGCUGACAGAUAAUGAGCCUACAAAGCAGGAGUUCACUGCAAUCAGAUCCAUUCCACAUCCCAACUAUGAUGGACAUGCAAAUGAUAUCAUGCUCCUGAAGCUUAACCGCAGUGCCCAACUGACUGAAGCAGUGCAGCUGAUUUCUCUGAAAACAAGCACGCUGAAUACAUCUAGUCAGUGCAUCACAGCUGGCUGGGGAACUAUUGCUGAUAAUGGCACCUUACCAAUCAGGCUUCAGGAAGUCAACGUAACCACCCUGCCACAGCAAACAUGUCGCAGAAGAUGGAGAACGGUUCCUAUCACCAGGACUAUGGUUUGUGGCGUCGGGGCCCGCGGCUUUCAAGGCUUCUGCUCGGGAGAUUCGGGUGGUCCGUUGGUGUGUGAUGGAGCUGCCGCGGGCAUAGUCUCCUUCUCCGGCCAGCUAUGCGGAGACCCCAGGACCCCUGAUGUCUACACACGCAUAUCCUCCUUUAGGGAAUGGAUUACAAGCGUGUUGAACAAUAAUUAGGCAAAAUAGAUGAAAUGGUAACAUGUCAAUAUGCUUAAUUAGGAUGUCAUUUUCAAGACAAGGCUCUUUGUGAUAUUCAAACAUGUGGUGUAAUGUUGUGUAAGAUCUGCACAUGCUGUGAUCAGAUGAGGUGAUACAUUUUUGUUACCACCA